UUCUAUCUUACUUCUACAUACAUAGGUAUCUAUGUAACUUGACCUCGUCAACAUCCCUCCUCUUGUGUACAUAUGUACCUCUUUACUUCACAAAUCCAAUUCUCAACGCAACUAUUCAAAGUCAACAAGUAUAUCGUGACCUCUUCAUUCUCUAAUCAUAUAUAAUUACUUCGUAGACACCUAUCUACUACGUAUCCAGCCAUGGAGGCAUCUGCGAAGAGAAAGAAUCCCUCUAGCAAUGGACCCGACAAUCGUCAACUCAAAAGAAGCAAAGGCGGUAGUGGUGGCAGAUGGCAAACCCCUCACCACAAGUCCAAGCUUGAGACCUUAAGAGGCAAGAACCUAGAAAUAGGGGACAUGGGCAUAUGGAUCACGUGUGUAAAAGGAAAGGAACGGCAAGCCUUGGGGGAAAUGAUGGACAUCUGCAGCGAGUAUGGAGAGAAAUUGUACGGCAUCAAGCCCGAAGGCCCCGCCGAUGUUGCCGAUGACGAAGACGACAUCGAGGCUUCUAUCAAGAAGGAAGUCGAAGGCAUGAAGCCCGCAGCCAGGCCAAAAGAUGCCACCUUCGAGCCCAUGCGCAUGGAUCUUGAUUGUGUAGGCUUCGUGAGAACGAGAUCACCAGUUGACCCCGUGGAGCUGGUGCACCGUAUCUGCAAGGAUGCAAGUGAGAUCACCGACAAGACGCAGAGGCGAUCGAGGUUCAUCAAUCGAUUUACUCCCGUCACGCUCACUGUGAAGGCCAAUGAGACCGGUGUAGAGGAGGUUGCUAAGAAAAUCCUAAGUAGCCAUUUCCAACUCGCCGGUAAUGACGAUGCGAAGGUGGUGGCUGAUGGGUCCGAUGUCUGCUCAUAUGCCAUCCGUCCUUCAUUCCGAGCGCAUAACAACCUCAAGCGUGGAGAUGUAAUUGACAAGGUCGCAUCAUUCAUCUCAUCGCCUCAUAAAGUCAACCUCACGUCACCCGAUAAGGUCAUUCUCAUCGAUAUCUAUCAGAUGUACUGUGGCAUGAGUGUUGUAGAUGGUGAUUGGGAAGCUCUCAAGCGAUACAACCUUCAUGAGAUAUACCUGGCGGCAUUGAAAGCCACGAGGAAGGAUACCAAGGAAGCCCCUGAGGAGCCAAAGGGGGAGGCAAAUCCGCCAGCGGCCAAUCCAGAGGCGUGAUCUUGUUUACACUCAAACAAAUUCAUUUCAUAUACUCAUUAAUGGCACCGCUUUAUUUACGUAGCACAUAACAUCGUGCUCGUCAUCACAGGGUGUUGAUAUAGACGUAGACUUUCCUUAUAAUGGCAUACACUAGAUUGAAAGCUACUAGAAAAACGGCAUAUUUCCUCUAGUAAUGAUCCAACCGGAUUUAAUUAUGUAAGAAAUCACAUGUGAAAAUCGGCACUCAGG